AUGCUGGAUGAGAAUCUCCCUACCUUCGUGCUUAAAGCCUCCAAGGACAAACCAAAGCAGAAUUCGACCUUUCUCUUCUCUCAACACGGUGCCGACUUCGAGCCGGCAUACACCCUCCGCCAUUUGGAUCCCGAACAGCACGCCUCGAAGAACAGAUAUGCUGCCGCGCUCUACGAUGCCUUUAGUCCCGAAGUCUUGUAUGCCGAGGUCUUGCUCAUUCCUGAAUGGACGCAGCCCGCUCCUCUCUCAGAACAAGCCAAAUUAAAUGGAGCUGUCCCACCCCCUCCAGAGCCGAUUCUCCCGUCCGAGUUUGCAAUCCAGUUGUACAAUCCCGACCAACAGGUCACUGUGAGGCACAAGGCUGCCAGUUGGAAUAGUGCUGCGGCAUGGGAAUUCGAGAUGCCGCAGCAAACCUUCCGCACGCCGUCCAUCUCUGCGCUGGACCGAGGUCAACAUGAUCCCGCCGCCUCAGAGGUCACACCCAAGAUCGGAUUCAAAUGGAAGAAGGAUAGCAAGUUUUCAAAAGAUUUGGCAUGUUUCCUGUCAGGCAAGAGCACAGGUAUCGAAGGCAGCAAGACCAAAAAUAAAGAGCCCGAUAUCACAGUCUCAAUAUUCAAAGGGUUGAAAGAGAUCACUUUAUACGAGCCGAAUCUGCAAAGAGUCGACAUAGAGGACCUGAAAGGCUUUGAAGUGGUUCUUCUACUGGGUGCUGUGGUUAUUCGUGAUGUGUACUUCGGUUCUCUCAAAGAAACCUUUAACAUCUCGGUAACAGGGAGAAAAUCCAAUCCUGCGAGCCCCUCCACUGGACCGGCGGCCUUGAAUACGGAUGCGCUUCCUCAGUCCACCUCACCAUCAAAUCGGGGAGGGUCAGCCCACCCAAAGCCCAUCCGCGACCCUCGAGUGCCUCCCACAGAUCCUCGAAGUCAAUGGGAGAUUGAUGCAGAAACUGCCCGACUCCGCAGGCAGGCGGCAGAGGAAGAGCGAGUGAGGAAACGGCGAGAAGAGGAGGAAGAACGUAAGACUAGGAUAUUGUUAGAGAAUGAAGAAAAGGAACAGCGUCGGAGGCGGCAAGCUGAAAUCGAUCGAGAGACUGAGCGCCUCAAACAAUUGUACGGACAGGAAGAUGCGUCGGCCCGCCCACAAGUUCCUCCUCGACAGCAGAGACAUCAUUCUGAGUCAAGACAAUCGGCAUAUCUCCAGUCCCAACAGGGCCAAAACCAGACAUUUUCUUACCCGAACGCGUGGGGUGGCUAUCCUGCUAGCAGUGGUCCUGGACCCUACAUGUCAGGUGCUGCUUCACAGUCGAGUUUCUUGAGUCCUUACCGUCCGCCACAACCAAAUCUCAAACAAAAAUCUAGUAUUUUCAGCUUCCGACGUCGCAGCGACCACGAUGCCAACAAGUUGCAGCGGAAGCGAAGUGCCGUCUUCUGA